AUGAGGAGGGAGAACCAGAGCCAUGUGUCUGAGUUCCACCUCCUGGGGCUCCCCAUCUGGCCAGAGCAGCAGGACAUGUUCUUUGCUCUGUUCCUGGGCAUGUACCUGACCACGGUGCUGGGAAACCUGCUCAUCAUCCUGCUCAUCAGGCAGGACCCUCACCUCCACACCCCCAUGUACUUCUUCCUCAGCCACUUGGCCCUGACAGAUGUCUCCUUCUCAUCUGUCACUGUCCCUAAGAUGCUGAUCAACAUGCAGACUCAGGAUCAAUCCAUUCCUUAUGCUGGGUGCAUUUCACAGACUUACUGUUUUAUACUCUUUGCUGAUCUGGACAGUUUCCUGAUAACUUCGAUGGCCUAUGACAGGUAUGUGGCCAUCUGUCACCCUCUGCGUUAUGCUAUCAUCAUGAGUCAGAGCAUGUGUGUCAUGCUUGUGGCUGGGUCCUGGAUCAUUGCUUGUGCUUGUGCCCUUUUGCACACCCUUCUCUUAGCCCGACUCUCCUUCUGUGCUGACACCAUCCCCCACUUCUUCUGUGACCUUGCUGUCCUGCUCAGAUUGUCCUGCUCAGACACAUACCUCAACCAAUUGGUAAUCUUCACUGCAGGAUUGACAGCCAUCAUGCUCCCAUUCGUAUGCGUUCUAAUUUCUUAUGGCCAUAUUGGAGCCAACGUCCUCCGGGUUCCCUCCACCAAGGGCAUCUGCAAAGCCUUGUCCACAUGUGGAUCACAUCUCUCAGUAGUGAUUCUCUACUAUGGGGCAAUUAUUGGUCUAUAUUUUCUUCCUUCAUCCAACAACGCCAAUGACAGUAACAUCAUCGCUUCACUGAUGUACACAGUGGUCACACCCAUGUUGAAUCCCUUCAUUUAUAGCCUGAGAAAUAAAGACAUGAAAGGGGCCUGGAGAAAACUCUGGAGUAAGAAAACCUAUUUUUCCAACUGA